CUAUUGACCCUUACAUUUUCUUGUAGAGGCGUAGAGACUUCCUUCAGCUGAUGUUGGAUGCUCGAACCAGCAAAGAGUCUGUGUCUUUGGAGCACUUCGAUACACUGAACCAUACCGAUGAGCUCAAUCACAGGAACCAGCCAGCUCCGCCAGUGCAGCCAUCGGCCUCAGAUCAGGAGGCGCAUGGCAGGGCUCCUCAGAGAAAGAUGAUAACUGAGGAUGAGAUCGUGGGCCAGUCUUUUGUCUUCCUCCUGGCAGGCUACGAAACCAGCAGCAACACCCUGGGCUUCACCUGCUACCUGCUGGCCAUCCACCCUGAAUGUCAACACAAAGUACAGGAAGAGGUUGAUGAGUUCUUCACUAGACAUGAGUCACCAGAUUACACAAAUGUUCAGGAGCUGAAGUAUUUGGACAUGGUUGUUUGUGAAGCACUGCGCCUCUACCCUCCUGGAUUCAGGUUUGCACGAGACAUCGACCAGGACUGUGUGGUGAAUGGACAGUUUCUCCCUAAAGGAGCAUCGCUGGAGAUCCCUGCAGGUUUCCUCCAUUACGACCCCGAGCAUUGGCCCGAGCCUGAGAGGUUCAUCCCUGAGAGAUUCACACCAGAGGCCAAGGCCGGUCGACAUCCAUUUGUAUAUCUACCGUUUGGGGCCGGCCCCCGUAACUGCGUGGGCAUGAGGCUCGCUCAGCUGGAGAUCAAAAUGGCUUUAGUUCAUCUGUUUCACAAAUACAACAUCGUGGCCUGCACUGAGACGAAGGUUCCGCUCGAGUUGAAGUCAUCGAGCACUUUAGGACCCAAAAAUGGCAUAUUCGUGAAAAUCACUAGAAGAAAUUCGGGAGCGGAUCAAUUGAAUUCGCCACCAGAUGAUUAGAAACUCACCGUUCAUCUUCUUGGUUGGUGGUAAAAGUUAUAAAUCAUCCAAUAGGUCAAUGGUGUAAUACUUUCCAGGAUCUUUAAUUUCCAUAGAUUACUUUUUUUAACUUUAAAUUUAAGUACCAUGCAUACCUCAACCAUUGUGCUCAUCUCAUGCCUUUUCAUUGAGGGGGGAGAAGAGACUGGGCCUAAUUUCUUUGCUGUCAUAAAUGACACUUGCACAAAACUGUGAACUCCCUACUGAUGGCUUCAUCAGUUAAAUAUAAUAAUGACAGAGGGAGCUGGAGGGCGUGUGAAUAAAGACAUAGGAGUGAACAACGGAGAAGAAUUGUGCUCUACUGAAAGAGCAACCAGCAUUACUGUUUCUGAGGCUGUUGUUUUGAGCAGGCUCAAACUGCACUGUCAGUUUAUUUUUGUGAUUCCACUCAUGUGAAAUUGCGUGCUCUAUUUAAGCUGCGUACUACUUCCAUUACAAGCCACUUCACAAACCACCUCCACCCUCCUCUCUGGGAGUUCCCAGAACAGAGACAUACCACCAAAUAUAAGUUACUGCAAUUGUUGAAAUCUACUUAAUCUAGUCGAGAGUGGUCGCUGCUGAUUUGUAGUUUUUAUUUCACUAUUAGAAAGUGUUGACAGGUUUGAACAACGAGUGUCAGGGUCACUUAAAUGGGGAAAAUAAGAUUUCGAGAAUAAGGCCAUAAUAUUAAGAGAAUAAAUUUGUAUUUUUUAGGCUAUGUGUAAUUUUAAAGGGGGAAUAUCAGAACAUUAGCCUGUCGCCUAUGUUUAAACCAGGAAUGUGGAGCAUCUUGUUAAGUUCUGCUUUUUGUAGAUUUCACAAAUAACAAAAAUAUUUGUUCUAAAGAAAGAACCACGUAGACCUCUUGCCCAUUCUGUUGGUUGCUGGUUAUUUCCACAAAAAAAGAAAUGGGUUAGUGUUUUUACUUAAUUCCUGUAAUAUUAUGAGUUUCUUCACAAUUACAACUUAAUUGAUCUAAUAUUUUGACUUUAUUCCUUAAAUCUCAGAAUUUUCUAUCUUUUAUCUGGCCCUAAUACUCCAUCAUAAGUUUGCACUGUGGAAUUAUGAUUUAUUUUUUGUGAUGCCAUUAAUUUUUUAUUCUCAUUGAAACAUCUGCUCUGUUGAAUUUUAACCCGUGCGUUGGGAGUGAGUCUGAGUUCAUGAAUUCUAAAUGAAAUCAUUAAUCCAGUUUAAGUUUGAAUAAAUGCAAUAAGUUUUCUGAUGAUGAUGAUUCACCAUGUGUGUGUAAAAUGUGUGUAGUUCAGUGACUAAAGAGAUUUCUUAUUAUUAAUUCAUUAAACAGUUAAAAUAAAGGUGUUAAAUAAUGA